AUGGCUGACGUUGCUCCGCAGUUCGGAGCAGAGCUCAAGGACUCCUUCAAGCCCGUCAACAAUUGGGUCUCGAAUGGUAUAUCCUGGGUGGAAGAAGUCAAUCAAUUUUAUCGCGAGCGCAGUGUGAUCGAAAAGGAAUAUGCCGCCAAAUUAACCGCCCUUUGUAAGAAGUACUAUGACCGCAAGGCGAAGAAGAUCAGCCCCUUGAGUGUCGGAGACACACCCACUCUGACACCGGGAUCCCUCGAAAGUGCAUCCUUGACGACAUGGACGACACAGUUGAAUGCCGUGGAAUCCCACGCUGCCGAGCGAGACAAGUUCGGAUCCGAGUUAAUAGUCCAAGUCGCGGACCCUCUCAAACAAGCCGCCGCUCAAUAUGAGGAAAUUCGCAAAUCCCAUUUCGACUACCAUACCAAGCUGGAAAAGGAGCGGGAGGCAGCUUAUGGUGACUUGAAAAAGGCCAAGGGCAAAUAUGACGGUGCGUGCCAGGAAGUUGAGUCCCGCCGAAAGAAGAUGGAGUCUUCUUUCGACCACGGCAAGAGCAAGGCAACGGCGGCAUAUCAACAACAAAUACUGGAAAUGAAUAACUACAAGAACCUCUAUCUUAUCAGCAUUAACGUGACAAACAAACUCAAGGAGAAGUUCUAUCAUGAAUAUGUCCCUGAAGUGAUCGACGGUCUACAAAACCUCAAUGAGACCCGGGUUGCGAGAAUGAACAUCAUGUGGACUCUCGCUGCCCAGUUGGAGAAGUCCUCCCUCCAAAGUAGCACGGACCAUGUUUCAAACCUGUUGGUUGAGAUUCCUCGCAACAACCCGCGACUCGACUCUUUGAUGUUCCUCCAACAUAACGUCACACAAUCACAAGAGCCGCCAAGCCUCGGAUUUGAACCUAGUCCCGUAUGGCACGAUGAUGCUUCAAUUAUCACCGAUGAAACAGCCAAGAUCUUCCUACGCAAUGUGCUAGGGAAGAGUAAGCUUCAAGUUCGUGAGUUACGCGUUGAGGCAGACCGCAAAAAGCGAGAGGUGGAAUCGGCCAAGAAGGUUCGAGAAAGCAUUCUCAGCGGCAAGGACAAUAGGAAUGAAGUGGAUGUUGUUCGGUCCAUAUUCUACAUGACAGAAUCCUUACAUGACGUGGACCGCAAAUGGGUCACAGCCGAGGUAGAAACAGCCACUAUCAUGGCCGUGGCUGGUGAUCUCUCAUUUGGAGUCCAAAACCACAACUUCCGCUCUCAAACAUUCAAGAUCCCGACCAACUGCGAUCUUUGCGGAGAGCGCAUUUGGGGAUUGUCUGCCAAGGGCUUUGAUUGCAGGGAUUGUGGAUACACCUGUCAUAGCAAAUGUCAGAUGAAGGUUCCGGCAGAAUGUCCCGGCGAGCAAAGCAAGGAAGACAAGAAGAAGCUGAAGGCUUCACGACAAGAGCAAGCUGGUGCUAUGCCUGCCGUGGAUCUUGAUUCCCCUGCUCCCUCCACUGCUGCUCCUUCGCUCACUCGCCAAAACACAAUGAAUUCGCUCAGUUCUGGAUAUGCGGCCAGCACAGCCCGGUCCGUGUCGAACGUUGCAACCCAGCCCACCCCAGAGCUACCAGGGGACGAGCCUCCAGCCCCGGUGGCUGAGACAAAGCCAGUCGCCGCGAAGAGAGCGCACAGGGUGCUCGCUCCUCCUCCGGCGGCUUAUGUGGCUGCGCCCCCGCCAAGCGAAUCCAAACCUAAAGAACCCCGAGGCAAGAUGCUCUACGCGUAUCAAGCCACCAGCUCAGAUGAGGUCACUGUGGAAGACGGGGAUGACGUAGCCAUCCUAGAAACUGACGAUGGUGGCUGGAUGCGCAUCCGCGCAGGUUCCAAAGAAGGCCUCGUCCCAACAGCAUAUGUUGAGGCCAUCGCCACACCUUCCCCAGUGCCCUCUGCCAGCCCGGCGAUGCCUGAGCGCCCUGGGUCGACUUACUCCAGUUCCUCUGCUUCUCUAGCCGGCAGUGCUGCAGCGAAACGGGUAGGACCCGCCGUUGCACCGCGAAGAGGUGCAAAGAAAGUGCAGUAUGUCGAGGCCCUGUACGAGUACGAAGCUCGCAGCGACAUGGAGUGGAACAUGGCAGAGGGCGAUCGAUUCGUGCUGAUCACUCGCGACGGCGGUGAUGGCUGGGCCGAUGUCGAGCGCGGCGGUGUCACCAAGAGCGUUCCCGCGAACUACAUCCAGGAGGUGUAA